AUGGGGAACAUAGAUUGUUCCGAUGUCAGGACGUUCAAGGCCAAUUUCACCGCCGAGGGAGUGACGGUUUUGAGGGAGAAAUUGAACGAGAAACUGAAGGAGUUGAUGGGGAAUUACACUGACGAAACACUCGUGGAUUAUGUUAUUGUGUUACUGAGGAAUGGUAGGGGCAAAGAUCAUGCAAAGAAUAAGUUGAAUGUUUUUUUGGGGGAGGACAGUGAUUCUUUUGUAUCCUGGCUGUGGGAUCAUUUGGCUUUGAAUAUAGAUCUAUAUGUAGAAUCUAAAGGAUUGCAGGAUGAAGCUCCCAAAAGCAAGCUUAUAUCAAAGGUCCAAGCCGGAGAUGAUGGUUUUCAGAAUUUGAAUUCAAAAUCAGAAAGAGUAAAGUCUAGAAGUCGCCGUAACAAAGAUUGGAAAGGGUUAGUGUGUAGAGAAGCUGAAGCACCACCCCUGCAGAGCUUUGUGGUUGACAGUAUGCAUUUAGACAAAAAAGUCCAAUCUAAAGGCAACCGUGCUCCAAGGCCACGACCACCAUCUUCUGCACCACCUGUUCAGAGGAAAAGGGGUUGUGCUUUUGAAGAGAAGAAGACUAAGAGGGGUUCUGUUUCACAAAUAACUGAUGAUGCUCCUCGACGGCUGCUUCAGUUUGCAGUGCGAGAUGCAGUGGCUACUUCCAGGCCAUCUAAUUUGGGCCCUUCAGUGGAGCCCUCUUUAAAGCGACUCCGUUCUGUAGUUUCUUCAUCCUCGGUUGAGUCAUCUAUGGUUGAACAUCCUCACAGGAUGCAGACUAUUUCCAGAGUGGCAAACCCCAUGGCAGCAUUGUUUAAGGCUGUGGAAGAAGCUGCUGAAGAUGUUGUAAAGUUAAAAUCCUCAAGAAGUGUGUUUGAUCGGAUUGGUUGUGACAUGUACCCAUCAUAUGGUAACAUGCAACAUGAAGAUAACCAAUAUCAGGACCAAAGCCCAUUACUGUAUCACAAAGAAAAAGACUCUGGUGAUCAGUAUGCUGCAAAUAUGACAAUGUUGGAACAUGAAACUGGGUUUUCUUCCAAUUCUUCUUCAGACAAUGAAGGGUUUGAUGAUGUUAAUUUCACAGAUAAUAGGGUGGGUAGAGUUUCUCAGUUGAGUUCUUCUAGUGGAAAGAGGGGCGAGGAUUCACUGAUGGUGCACUAUAACGUAGCAAAAAAUGAGAAUUGUAGAAUGCUUCUAAAAAAGAAUAGAAACCAGGAGCAAUCUGCUGCUGCACCCAACACUUCCAAGAUAGUGAAUAUUUCUGUUAAUGUAAAUGCUUGGAAUCCAUCAGUCCCAGCUCAAUAUCUUAAACCAAGAGAGGCUGCAGAAUUAUCUGGUUAUAAGACUUUAAACAGUGGAAUUGGAGCUCCAAGAUCUGACCUGAGAAUGGUGAAUGAGAAUGUUAAAACGCAGAAAAUUGACAAUGGAAAAGUGAAAUCUACUUUGAAUUUGCUGAAAGAGACUCAGAAGGCACAGCCAUCAACUCCCGGCACCGGUUCAAGUGCUGCCAGUUGUCCGUUAUUUGAUGCUGAUUCUCGAACCAUUUUUGCCAGCAAUGUUCAUUUUGCUGCUACCAAAGAUGCCAUAUGUCGGCAUUUUAAUAAAUUUGGGGAAGUACUAAAAGCUGUUAUAGUUACAAAUUCAAUAACAGGGCAACCAAAAGGGGCAGCUUACGUGGAGUUCAUGCAUAAAGAAGCAGCAGAUAAUGCAUUAUCAUUGGAUGGAACUUCCUUCAUGUCACGUAUUCUUAAGGUUGUGAGGAAAAGUACUGGACAACAUCAAGAUUAUGCUCCAGCUGUGCCAUGGCCACGUGGAGUUAAGAGACCUUCAUAUCCUUCUGCAAGUUUUUCCAGAUCCCCCAUUCCAACAGGCAUUCCUGGGGCAUUUAGACCUAGGCCCCCAAUUAAGUUUGGUGCCAGGAGCUUGCAAUGGAAGCGGGGUGUCCAAGGCACUUCAUCAGGCAAUGGUGCAACUUUAAAUAACAGUAGUAUUUCUGCACCUGUUUCUCGAGGUCUCACUUAUGUCAGAGCAGAAUCUUAA